UUACUACAUUACAUUUUCUGCCAUUGAUGAAGAUACCGGCUGUAUUGCUACAUACCAAGCUGCACUGGCAGUUCGAUAUCCAGUCUCCAUUCUCGGCUUCUUGAGAGAUGUUGAUGCCAAUAAAUUCCUCUCUAUUCUUUCAAUCAAAGGGGCAGAAGAAGAAGCGAAUUAUAAUUUGAAUUUUCGGGCAUCUAUCCUAGCUGAACAUCAACUCAAUGCUGAAUCAAGCAGAUGUAACAGUGUCAGCUCUGCAUCUCAUGAUAUACAUGCAGGGGUAGUAGAAGAAAUGAAGUAUAACUUGAUUGAUGGGGCACCUUCCUCACCUAAUAAUCUAAUACUUGUCGAGUGAAAGAUGAAUCAAGCAGCUGUAGCAGUUUCAGGUCUGAUAGUGGUGCAUCAGAGAUGUCAUGGGUGGCUAAUGAACCGCGUGGGUAUAAGUUGAAGCCUGAAUAAAGACUCCAAACUGAGUAGCAGAGGAUUUUAUCGACCUAUGAAUGUAUGGGAAUUGCUGUGAAUGGGACUAGUUGAAACAGCUUCCUGCAAUCAAACUCUGCUUCUUUUACCUUAAUUGCUCAUUAUCAUUAUGUUGUGACAAAUACCUCUUGCUACAACUAUCUUCUGUUACUAUGCCUUAUACUAGUAAUACUUUGUUGCAAUACACAUUUUAUGAUCAUUUUUUUCUUUGAAAAUUUUCAGGUCUACAUUUAUAUCUUUUUCUUUAUUGUAAUUAAAUGAGAUAGCAUGUUGGA